GGUGCGGCGAGGCGGCCCCUUCGAGCGCGGUAGUUUGUUCCGUGAGGAGAGUGAGGACGCUUAGGCGCUCUCGGCCACCUUCCCUUCCCGGGGAGAUGUCCUUUGCUUCUCAGAUGUAAUGCACUUUAAGUUUGUUAUUCAACAGUGAAAAUGAGUCAUACAGAGGUUAAAUUAAAAAUACCUUUUGGAAAUAAAUUACUAGAUGCUGUUUGUUUGGUACCUAACAAGAGCUUAACAUAUGGAAUAAUUCUUACACAUGGAGCGUCAGGAGAUAUGAACCUUCCUCAUUUGAUGUCACUGGCAUCCCAUCUUGCAUCUCAUGGGUUUUUUUGCCUGAGAUUUACCUGUAAAGGCCUUAAUAUUGUACAUAGAAUUAAGGCAUAUAAAUCAGUUUUGAAUUACCUAAAGACCUCAGGAGAAUACAAACUGGCAGGUGUUUUCCUUGGUGGUCGUUCAAUGGGCUCAAGAGCAGCUGCUUCUGUAAUAUGCCAUAUUGAGCCAGAUGAUGCUGAUGAUUUUGUUCGAGGUCUCAUUUGUAUUUCUUACCCACUGCACCAUCCAAAGCAGCAACAUAAACUUAGAGAUGAAGAUCUCUAUCGUAUAAAAGAUCCUGUAUUGUUUGUGUCAGGCUCAGCGGAUGAAAUGUGUGAAAAGAACUUGUUGGAGAAAGUGGCACAGAAAAUGCAAGCUCCCAAUAAAAUCCACUGGAUUGAGAAGGCAAAUCAUUCCAUGGCAGUGAAAGGACGAUCAACAAAUGAUGUUUUCAAAGAAAUAAAUACACAGAUUUUGUUUUGGAUCCAGGAAAUCACUGAAAUGGACAAGAGAUAAUUGUAUCUAGCUACAAACUACAUUAUUUUUAAUACAAAUACAGUUCAUUUGAUAAAGAACAGCAUACCUCUCAACAUUAUGAGAUAUUUCAGAUGAAGUUAAUGUUCUUUAAGGUUUCCCCCAUUUUUAAAACACAUUUUAAUUGUGAAAUUAAUGUCCUUUAUAAAAUGUCUUUUGAAAGCACUGUUAUAGUUGUAUAAAGAUGAUGUACAAAUAUUGAAGUGGUCUAAAUAUAAUUUAUUUUCAUUAAUAUAGUUAAGUUUUGAAAAAAAUUAAACAUUUGAAUUUUGUUACAAUGGAA